CCCGCGCGCGCACAGCCGCUCACCCCGCCGCCGCCGCCGCCGCCGCCCCGCAGAAAGCCAGCGGCGCCAUGUCUUCGCCUCCAGAAGGGAAGCUGGAGACCAAAGCUGGACACCCGCCCGCCGUGAAAGCUGGUGGAAUGCGGAUCGUGCAGAAACACCCACACACGGGAGACGGGAAGGAAGAGAAAGACAAAGAUGAGCAAGAAUGGGAAAGCACCAGCCCGCCUAAACCAACAGUGUUCAUCUCUGGAGUCAUUGCGCGGGGUGACAAAGACUUUCCCCCAGCGGCUGCACAGGUGGCCCACCAGAAGCCACAUGCCUCCAUGGACAAACACGUUUCUCCAAGAACACAGCAUAUCCAGCAGCCUCGCAAGUGACCUACCUGUGCCCAGACCCCGGCGCCCAGACCCCAGCACCCUCUGCAGCAGCAGCACCCAGGCCCGCCUCCCACGAUUCUCCCCUGACCAAAAGAACUUGCUCUUUCCGAGCAGUUUACUAAGUUCAGAAACCUAAGACAAAGCAAAGUGAACCCCCUAAGCAAAGUGGACCCCCAUUGUCUCGGAUCUCCGUAUUUAAAACUAGAAGAGGCUCAAACCCCAAACUUUGUUUCUAAGAGUCCUAGUUGUAUGUCACUGAAGGGUCAUCGUACCCCCCAGAAGUGCCAUUAGCAGAACUUGACAAGUCCUGAGGAAGUCCCUCACGCAGUCCUUUGAAGUCCUUACUCUUGGUCCUAAAAGGAAGAAGCCACUAUGGGGAGAUUUGAUAAAGUUAGAAAAACAAAACACUAUGAUAGAUAUGGCUUUCAUCAGUUGUGCUUACUUCCUGCCCUGGGACACGCUGGACUGCCCUCAGUUCAUGGCUGCAGAAUUCCGGCUUUUCUGAAAAGUCAGAGGGCUCCUUUAGCCAGAUGUAGAACCUUCUAGAGUGCUGCUCAUGGAGAGGGCCUCAGAGGAGU